GCCAGCUCCGGGACUGCGCGUGCCAGUUUCUUCCCCUCCCCCACGCCCCUUGUUCGCUUCUUUCUUCUCCAGGCAAGGGGAAGGAAUCGAAUUCCGAGUUCGCGAUCGGAUCGAGUGCCCCGCCCCUCUCCUCGACAUUUUGCCCAGGGAGGGAGAGAAGGUAAGGCAUGGAGCCUUCUGGUCGGAAAGAAAAACCCAAGGUGAAGGAGCCUGUGAACCGAGUAGAGAAAGCCAGGCAGAGAUCAGCUCAGCAGGAACUGAAGCAAAGACAAAGGGCAGAGAUUUAUGCUCUCAACAGAGUCAUGACCGAGCUGGAGCAGCAGCAGUUUGACGAGUUCUGUAAGCAGAUGCAGCCUCCAAGAGAAUGAACUCUCCCCAGCAUUGAGACCAGGUGGGGCCCCUGAGGCUUCGGUCAUGACCUCUGUAACCAGUUCUUCUGAGGUGGUUCGCUUUGGGCCAUACAGAUGUAGAGACAAAGAUCUAUGUACUUCCUAAAGCUGGAUAAAUCUGAAUCUACUGCUCUUUGUGCCUGCCUCUUCACCCAUCCCUCUCUUCCUCAGGUCAGCAUCAUCUUUCUGAAGACCUUUUUUUCCCCUGGAUUUUUUUUUCAGUUUCAGUUGUUUGCGGGGUGGGGGAGCUGGGAAUCAGUGUUUCUAGUGGUAUUUUCUCAUUUCUCCAAGAAAACAAAUAAACUACAAAUUCAAGGCC